AUGGGGUGCAUCCGUGGGGACAGCAAGCACCAGCCGUCCUGUCAAGCACGUCCUGAUCGCUCCCCUCUCCGCUCUGAUCAUCGACCAGAAUGGGCCCGUAGGAGCAGUCGAGAAGAGUCCCUGCGUCCCUGUUGCCAUUAUCACGUCGACCAGGUCCACGCGAGUUCCCGCCACGAAGGAACAGCUACCCUAACACCAAAAGUCCCUCGUUGUCAAAGUGCGCCAUACAAGACAACGUUUCUUGUGCGCAGCCGUCUGCCCGCAUCUGAGAGGCCUUGUGCCGGAAGCACGCGUGAAAUUGCCGCAAAGCCAGAUGACUGGCCCGUGGAGACUUGCAGGUCCAGCACGAAACAACAUAAACGGUGUUUCAAGGCGGUGAGCCACUAUCCUGGCACUUCAAUGUCUGGAUGCGUCGCUCUCGGCCGCGGCAUUUGGGCCGCCAUUGUUGAUCAUCAUCGUACGACCCGCGGCACUUUCAAUGGCUAACGUGUUAGUAUUGUUAGUAUUGUUACUACGUAGUAGGAUGCCCAUGUGCAGCUGGCCAUUUGAAGCGCUUUAUUGCAGGGUUCUAACCUGCUCCCACGUGUAGCAUCAUCCUUGUUUCUACAUGUGUGCAGCGAGGGGCUGGGAUGAUAUUUCGGCACUCGCCCUGAGGUAGUUUGGCAGCACGAGCCCUAUGAUGUGGCAUAGUUUCUAAACAGGAAGCCCAAGGGAUGAAAUCGACGUUAUUUUGAGGACCGGCGUAGGGCCGAGGAUAGUGUGGGGGCAUGCGCCGAUGUUUGUUUCACCGGCUGUGCUUGUUCUUUCUCCGUGUUAGUGUUGUUUGUUGAGUGUUAAGGAC